AUGGCUUCACCACCAAGUGAAGGAAACAGGCUUACCGCCGUUUCUGUCGCAAUUAUCAUCUUUGUCCUUUCAUUACCACUGUCUAAACUAAAUGGGUUAGCCCCGUAUCCGUGUUCAGGUGUGACAGAAGUGGAGGAAAGGAAACUGAUGAUUUUGGGUUCAAGGCCUCCUCAAUGUGUUAACAAGUGCUUUAGUUGCAGGCCUUGUACUGCAACUUUGGUUAUUCCUCCGCAUCAUAGUGAGUCAAAGAGUAUUCGGUCUAAUUUAGUGGCUUCAUCCCCAUCAUCCUUGUUAGCCAAACAAGAUGAUGAUACUUAUUAUCUUCUCUCAUGGAAAUGUAGAUGUGGAAAUAAAAUAUAUCAUCCUUAA